AUUCAAAACAAGUAUCUUCUGCCGGCUUGUCACUUUUCAGUCGGUAGCACUUGUGUUUGGAUAAAAUUUGUUUACGUUAGAAAAGAGAAAAGUUUUUAAAAAUAUAAUUAUGGACCUACACAAAUAUGGAUUUUUGUUACUAAUUUGGUAUAAUUACAAUUUAACACCUGUAUCAGCAUCUUGUCUUGGUUGCGUCGAACUCGAUCACAUAACAUUCAACAAGUUAAUACCAAAAUUUCCUAAUGCCUUGGUUAAAUUUGAUAUUGCAUUUCCCUAUGGUGAUAAGCACGAGGCCUUCAGCCAAUUUUCAAUCGAAGCUCAUCAAGUGACAAAUGAUUUACUCCUUGGCAUUGUUGGCAUUAAGGACUACGGCGAGAAGGAAAACAGUGAUUUGGCGGCAAAGUACAAUGUUGACUCCGAAAAUUAUCCAGCUAUAUUUCUUUUUCGUGGCAGCUCAGUGGACGAUUAUGUCAAAUUUCCUUCCGAUUCGGAAGUAACUGUGGAGAAUCUUAAGGAGUUCGUCACCCAUAAUACAAAUCUCUAUAUUGGCUUAGAUGGAUGUGUUAAGGAGUUCAAUGAUUUUGUUUUGGGAUUCUCACAGAAAAGCGCCGAUGAACAACAUGACCUGAUUGAAAAGUCUUCGGAGAUACUUGACAAAGUGCAAGGAGAUGAACAGAAAGCAAGUGGCAAUGUUUAUAUAUCAUUUAUGAAGAAAAUUCGUGAAAAGGGAGCACAGUUCGUUGCAGCUGAAACUGUGCGCCUGACAAAGCUAAAAAAUGGUAAGGUCAGCGAUACUAAGAAGCUCGAGUUAUCGCACAGGUUGAAUAUAUUGCAAGCUUUCAAGAACGAACCAAGUGCUGGAAUCAAAACUGAGCUAUAGGUUAUCUAUAAAGUACUUUGUUCUGGAUAAAUAAGAUUGUGUUUGUGUGUGAAAUAAAUGUCUGUCAGGAAGUUCGUUUAUUUGUUCUAAUUAAAUAAUUGUUGAAAUCGGUAUUUUUGGAUAUUUUAACGUUUGUUUUGAUGAGGUCUGUUACAUUUAUUUGAUUGAUUGGUAGCUUUAAUUCUCUUUUAAUGUAUGUACUAAAUAACACAUUAUUUAUGGAACACAAACAUUAUAUAAA